AUGCACAUUCCGAAUGGUUCAAAAGCCCAGCCUCUUAAUGAGGUCAAAAUCAAGUGGCCGAAGCUUAAUACAACAAUCACGGUGGAAAUUAAUGAUGCAAACCCAACCCUGGUUGGUUUACUUGACACUGCACUACCCUAUCGCUCCCUCCAAACCCAUGCCGUUGUGGCCGGAGACCAGCUAUAUCACUUGGUUCCGUUAGAACAGCUAAUCUAUACACCUGCCGACAAGAAGGCUCCUGAUAGGGCGAAAGAGCCUGACGGCUCGGUAUUUCUCUCGUCAUUCCAGCAUUUUGUGAUCAAGUAUGGUGAGGUAACCGAACACCAGCCGGUGGCUACUUGUGGGAAAGUUAUUGAUGAAGAUAUGAAUAAAUUGCGCUGGGUUGCAAAUGAAGUUUGGAAAUAUCAGUGUGAGACGAGAAAGCACCCUAUUGAGGUGGUUAUAUGGGAUGCGUCAAAGCCGGAGCCUGAUCCCAGUAAGCUGGACCUUUUUAAAUGUCAGCGGGCUGGUGUGAGUAAGGAGGUAAGAAGUCUCGUUGAUGAGAUUCAUACCGAGACGCAAAAAUGCUGGUCGGAUAUUUCCGAGGAUAUUGAGAAGAUCCACUGUGGUAAUACUCCAGACAGGCCUGGGUCAAAGGAGUCUUACCUUGGUGCCAUGGUCUUUUCUAACAGUGUUGUCCGCACACUGGGUUAUCAUAUUCUUGACAACAUCAUAAAGCUGGCGUUCACGCGUCCUGAAUUUACCCUGGGGCAUCUUAUCGUGCUUUUCCGAGAGUUCGUUCCAUCGAUAGCUGAUUUCAUUGGUCAUCUGGGGGCGGAAUAUGUCAAUGGCAGUUGCGAGAGAAUUGACAAACUCAUCAAAGAGAAGGUUGAAAGGAACCCCAACCAGGAGGAGGCACGUGAGGACUUCCUUGCAAUGAUCAGCGCAUUGGGCUUCUAUGUCAAUCUUCUCAACGCUCAAAAUCUCCACCUGUUCCCCUGGAAGCAUGCGAAAGAAUACCCUAUUGAUUCAUAG